AUGGCAUCAGCGGACGAAAGCACAAUGAGAACACCGGACAUUCAAGCAGAAAAUAAAGUUGAUGUAUUAAUAGUCGGGGCGGGAUUAUCUGGCUUAACGGCUGCCCUAAGAUUGCAGCAAAAAGAUCCGACAUUAAAAAUGCGUGUUUUAGAAGCUAUGAAUUUUAUUGGCGGCGAAGUGACAACAACGCAUUUAGGAGAAGUGGGCGCUAAAUGGUUUACGUCAGAUCAAAUUCAUAUUUUUGAUUUACUUCGAAAUUUAAAUAUACCAAUGACUCGUCGCGUUACAAUGGCAGCAGAAUUGGAAACUUGUUCCGAGAUCGAUGAGAAGCGUUUGUCUUCGUUAAUUCAUUUCGAAUUGAAUCGUUACAUCACUGAGUUGGACUUGAGGUGGCAAUUUUUCAAGCCUGGCACUAAAGGAGACCGCAAAUCGGGGCCGAUGUCGGCGUACAUUAAUCAUCGAUUGUUUUUCAAUGAUUCCCGUCUGUUUAUGAGAAAUUUAGUUUUAAUAAUUUCUGGCGUUGAUGCCGAGCAUAUCAGUUAUGCCGAUUUUAUGAGAAUAUGUUACACGGCCGGUGGCAUUAAGACUUUAUAUAAAAUAUUCGUUGAGGCUCCGCCAGGAGAUGUAAUAGAAUUUUCGAGCAAUGAACUAUUUAAGAGACUAUUGCAAAUGUUGGAUAAAACUCAAUUUGUUUAUGGCCGAGAUGUUGUUGAAAUACAUCAGUUUAGAACCCAUGUUGAAGUGCGUGAUAUCGCGAAUGAAAGCCACAUGGCAGAUGUUGUCAUCCUAGCAAUACCGUUUAACAAUCUAAAGCGGAUUUACUUUUGGCCACGGCUGCCACGUGAAAUGGAAAAAUCUUUGAAAAAGCAUAACGGUUUUCAAUAUGUUGUAACGAGCUUUUUAGCCAGUUACCCCGACGGUUAUUGGCGUCGCAAAGGUUUUAAUGGCGAUUAUAUAGGUAUCAAUCCGUUGAUGAUAUGUCACGAGUAUCGUCCAAAAACUUAUUGUGGUUAUGUAAUACUCGAGCAAGGCUUAGAAACAUUAACACGCACAUUGGUCUUGCAAAGGUUAGCGGAAUAUUAUGGAAAUGAAAUGCUUUCGCCUUUGGAAUUUCAGCAACGAUCGUACGACGUAAGCAAGAAAGAUCACUUGCCUUUAACUACACCCUGGAGCCGAGUUAUAUGGGCAUCUUCAGCAGCCGCUGGGACUUGUUUUCGUGGAUGUUUAUCGGGCGCUGUACAGAGUGGUCUAAGGGCAGCGAUGAACGCCCUACUCUUAUUAAGGCCACAACUUGUCACCUGGAAGGAUAUAGCUGAUGUUCAAUGUCGUGAUAUGCCCCGCGAACAGGCAAGCGUUCUAACACUAUGGUUAAGCACUUUGAAUUUAUAUAAUGUAACUACGUAUGCAGCGUUCAUAACGGGUCUAAUAUUUAUUUUAAAUCGUUUUUAUAAAAGACCGCUAAGCGGAACAUAG